GGGGACAUUAAUAGACUGAUGAUGUUGACAUUAAUUUAUACCCCAUUUCGCUCCUUCCACUUUCCUUUUCACGACAAAGUAUAGCCUUUGAAAGGACAUAGGCUACAAUACUGUAGAUAAGGAUCUACGAUCAAGAUUAGAUUGCAGCCAAACGUUAACCAAACCGUUUGAAAAUUAAAAUAAUUAUACCUAAAAUAUUCAGGAUAAGACUAUUAAUAGCUAAAUUUCGUAACACCAUCCCACUUAACGAAAACGUUCAAAACAUGAUGAUAAGGGCGUCGCCAAGGAGGGGGAAGGGGGGGAGGGGUAAAGGCCAGAGAUCAAAAAGUAGCUAGCCGCAAAGCGACUAAAGUGCGAGCAAUUGAUUGAUGAUGUAAACUUUUUUGGGAAUCAGUUUUGAGGAGGAAGUUGAUUCCUAAUAUUUCCAGACUGCGAGACAACAUGGGAGUGAACAACACAAAACCAUCAGAGUUUUUAAAGAAAAUCUUCUAGUAAUUCUGGAAGCCUUACAAACAUUAUCUCAGGAAGGAAAUAGUGCAACUCGGAAAAGUGCCUUCCAACUGCAUGCGGCUACUUCCAGAAUUUCUUUCAUUCUCGGGAUAAUGUUGGUAGCCAAAUAAAUACUCGGCUUUGAUGGAACCCGUUGUCAACGUACUCCAAUCUGUAGCUUUGGACGUGGUUAAAGCCUCGGAACACGUUAAAAGGAUUUAACUUUUAAUUAAAAACCACCGUGAAAAUCUGGAAAAAGAAACAGACGAAAUUAUAAAGCUACAACUCCAACAGCUACUGCUGUUGCGGAGAGAGUCGGACUAGGGGAGGACAUUACAUCAAUGCCGCGUAUUACGGGGAAACAUCGUCAUAAAAGCAAUCAUACAGCAGAAAGCCCUUCAGAAUACUGGAAGAGGUCUUUAGUAAUACCAUACUUGGAUUCAAUUAUCACCUCCCUUGAAGUAAGUUUUGCUGAAGAAAACACGCUAUCAUUCGCAUUAUCUAAGUUACACCCGGCGCAGAAGCAAAAGAUGACAACUGAAAAUCUGAAACAAACUUGUGAAUCUAUUGCCCAGUUUUAUGACUUACCGAACAUAAAGAAUGAUGUCAAACUUUGGCAGCAAUUGUGGCGCGAUAGGCUUAAUCUAACAAAUCUAACAGUUGUUGAUGUCCAAAAAGAAACAAAUUCCUUGUUUCACGAAACGGAAAAAGCAUUGAAAAUUUUGAUACACGACCUGUACAGUAGAGCGAUCCUUUAGCAGCCUCAGAAGACUUAAAACAUGGCUAAGAAGCACCAUGGCAAAAGAGCCUUUGAUGGCCUUAAUGGUCUGGCCAUGAUGAGUGUACACAGAGCUAUAAUAAAUAAAAACCUAAAUAUUUUUUAUGAUAAAGUGGUUGAAAGUAUUGCAAAAAAUCCCCACAGGUUAUGUUUUAAUUAAAUAUUGUUUUUUUUAAAAUAAAUAGUUAUUACUGUAUUAACAAGUUUGAUUUAAGUAUUAUGCUGUGGAGGGCUUGUCAAGUUUUAUACAUUGCCAUUAGAACCGUUCUUAUUACAAUCGUCAUCGAGGCAAAGUCUUCCAAAGUGUAACGAUGAAACGCUCUCGGCGUUCAUAUUUUUUAUUCUCCAUAAUAUUGUCCCAUGGCCCCCCACUUAGUCAUAAGCUGGCGACGCCCUUGUAUAUGCCUAUCUGGGGGCCAUUCGCCUAACAGAAAUGCUUUGGAAAACGCUAACGAUUACGAUUUCAUUUUGUUAUUUC